AUGCCCGACCUUUACCAACAUGCUGCCCCCAUCAGUGGUGGCUGGGUCGCAGCCGCUGGGCUGGCCGGCUGCGCAGUCGCUGUCUGGUGGUUGGCUAGCACAAUCCAGGCAAUGCAGGCACGUUUGGAGGAGCUCACGAUGACGGGACUCGCCGCGGAGAGCUUGUCGGAGCCGCCCUUGCGCAAAGCCACCUCGCAGCCUAUUGGUCAGAGCAGGGCGUUCGACAGCGGACACCGGGCACGCAGGUCUGUGUCAGCCAAGCGCCUAGGCAGCAUCUCGUCCGCGAGCUUGGGCGGUUCGUCCGCGACGCUGUCAAGCGACGUGACGCGCCCGUCCAUGUCCACCGUCGAGGAGGAGGAGGAGAGGCCAGAGCCAGUGCCGCUGGUCGUGAUCACAGACCCGGGCCAGGAUCUCGACGACGAGAUGUCGAUCAUCAUGAUGCGGCACCUCCUCGACCGGGGAGACAUCACUGUGCGUGGAAUCAUCGCGACGCUCGAGCCGGCCUUCGACCGCGCGCGACUGCUGCGUGGCAUGCUCGAUCUGCUUGGUAUGCACGGUGUACCAGUCGGUAUCGGCAGCGACGGCGGCGAUAUGAAUGGCAAUCACACCGCCCAGCCCUUCGAGGAGUCCGCCUCAACGUACAUCCCCGGAGCGCUGCAUGAGUCGCCGGCGCGGAUGCUGCUCCACAAGAUUUACGAGGAGGCGGACAUGAAGUCGCUUGACGAGGAUGAGAGCUAG